AUGGCUGCAGCCAGCCCUGCCCAGAGCUUCCGCGAUGAAGCCUCCUGCUCCAUCUGCCGGGGCCUCUUCCAGGACCCCGUCUCCAUCCAUUGCGGACACAACUUCUGCCGGGGCUGCAUCACCCGCUGCUGGGAGGGAUCCGACGGGAGCUUCUCCUGCCCUCGGUGCCGGGAGACGGCGCCGCAGAGGAACCUGAGACCCAACAGGGAGCUGGCGACGCUCAUCGCGGUGGCGCAGAGGCUGAGCCUGCAGGCGGGCAGAGCCGGGCACGGGCUGUGCCGCAAGCACCGGGAGGCUCUGAAGCUCUUCUGCGAGGAGGAGCAGAGCCCCAUCUGCCUCGUGUGCAGGGAGUCCCAGGCUCACCGCGGCCACAGCGUGGUCCCCAUCGAGGAGGCUGCGGAGGAGCACAAGGAGAAACUCCAGGCUCAUGUGCAGGUCCUGAAGGACAGGAGAGAAAAGCUGCUGGGGCUGAAAAAGGCCGAGGAAGGGAAAAGCCUGGACCUCCUCGAACAAGUGGAAGGGGUUCGGCACAAGGUUGUGUCCCAAGUCAAGGAGCUGCAGCAGUUCGUGGCGGAGCAAGAGAGCGUCCUGCUGGAGCGCCUGGCCAAGCUGGACCAGGACAUCGUGAGGAGGCAGGAGGAGAACAUCAACAGGCUCCUGGGGGAGAUCUCCUCCAUCAGUGAGCAGGUCCGUGAGCUGGAGGAGAAGUGUCAGCAGCCGGCGUGCGAGCUCCUGCAGGACAGCAGCAACAUCUUGAGCAGGCUUGAGAAGGAUGGAGCCCAGAAGCCAGCAGAGCCAUCGCCUGAGCUGGGGCAGAAACCCACCGCUCCCCCUCCGAAAAGCAUUGCCCUCAAAGAGAUGCUGCUGAAAUGUCAAGUCAGCCUGACGCUGGACCCGGACACGGCGCAUCCGCGGCUGGUGCUGUCCGAGGGGCACAAGAGCGUGAGGUGGGGGGACACCCGCCAGCCCCUGCCCGACAACCCCGAGCGCUUCGACUCCUCCCGCUGCGUCCUGGCCUCCGGGGGCUUCACCGCGGGGCGCUACUACUGGGAGGUGGCGCUGGGGCACGGGCAGGUCUGGGCCCUCGGCGUGGCCAAGGAGUCAGUGCGGAGGAAGGGGCGGAUCGGCAUCAACCCCAGGGAGGGGAUCUGGGCCGUGGGGCAGUGUGGGAGCAAGUCCCAGGCUCUCACGUCCCCCCCCAUCCCCAUCGCCCUGCCCGCUGCCCCCGCGGUGAUCGGGGUUUACCUGGACUAUGAGGCGGGGAGGGUGGCGUUUUUUGACUCCCAGAAGGAGGUUCCCAUCUUCAGCCACCCCCCGACGUCCUUUGCAGGGGAGAAAAUCCUCCCCCUGCUCUGCCUGGGCAAGGGCUGCCAGUUCACUCUGUCCCCAUGACCCCUGCCAUGGGGCAGCAUCCGCCUGAGUGUGGUUCACUGGGGUCUGGGGAUGGAUUUUGGGAGGUGCAGGAUGGAAAAGGCUCCUUUCUCCAUCAUUUAUGUCAACAAACAGCAUGGGUUGGCUCAGGGGGGCUGCUCUGCUCCCCAAAAUAACCUGCCUUGCUCUGCUGGUGCAUCCGUGACCAUAAACCCCUUCCAAAACCUCUCUAUUGGAGGACAGGGAUCAAGCUGAGCCACACACGGACCUCUCCAGUGUAAUCCAAGGAUGAGAUAGGCAAGAGCUGGUCUGAUAAAAGGGUGCUUUAAAUCAUCAGGGGUACCCGCAUCCCUGGUGUGAGCUCAUG